AUGGGUGUGAGUUCUAUAAAUUCACUUUUUAACACCUCUGUCUCCCAUGCAGUUGUUUUGCUGGAUUCUAAGGAGUCGCAGGCCGAAUUGGGCUGGACGUCGCACCCAUCAAAUGGGUGGGAAGAAAUCAGUGGAGUGGAUGAAAACUACAAACCGAUUCGUACCUACCAGGUCUGCAACGUCAUGGAGUCGAAUCAAAACAACUGGCUGCAGACAGGCUGGAUUGCCAGGCGCAGUGGCCAAAGAAUCUUCAUUGAGCUGAAAUUCACCCUGAGGGACUGUAACAGCAUCCCUGGAGUGGUUGGCACGUGCAAGGAGACCUUCAACCUCUACUAUGUUGAGUCAGAUUCUGAUCUGGGCCGCAGCAUCCGUGAGAACAAGCAUACAAAAAUUGACACCAUCGCUGCCGAUGAGAGCUUCACCCAGGGGGACUUGGGUGAGCGCAAAAUGAAGCUGAACACAGAGCUGAGGGAGAUUGGGCACCUGAGCAAGAGAGGCUUCCACCUGGGCUUCCAGGACGUGGGUGCUUGCGUGGCUCUGGUUUCCGUGCGGGUUUAUUACAAAAAGUGCCUCUCUACGGUGCAGAACUUGGCAGUGUUUCCAGACACUGUGGCAGAAGCAGCAUUUGCAACCCUGGUGGAAGUUAAGGGCACCUGCGUCAAUCAUUCUGAAGUAGACCUGGAUAGUCCUCCCAGGAUGCACUGCAGUGCGGAGGGGGAGUGGCUAGUCCCCAUUGGGAAAUGUACAUGUAGUGCUGGCUUUGAAGAGAAGGAUGAUGGGUGUGAAGCUUGCCCUACUGGAUUUUAUAAGCUAUCCCCCCGACUCCCUCUCUGCUCUCCCUGCCCCGAACGCAGCUUCACACAUCGAGAAGCCUCCACGUUCUGCACGUGCCAGAAGAACUACUCCCGGUCCCCGUCAGACCCGCCAUCUGCCUCCUGCACCCGUCCCCCAUCUGCUCCAAGGAAUCUCAUCUACAGCCUGAAGCAGUCCACGCUGGUUCUGGAAUGGAGCGCACCAGCAGACUUGGGCGGCCGGACCGACAUCACCUAUAACCUCCUUUGUGACCGCUGCUCGGCGGCUCUCCGGCGGCAGUGCGAGCAGUGUGGCAGCAGCGUUGGCUUUGUGCCUCAGCAGACGGGAUUGGUGGACAGGACUGUUACCCUGGUGAACUUGCUACCACAUGUUAACUACACUAUCCGUGUGGCAGCUGUCAAUGGCGUCUCUGAUUUCAGUGCCUUGUCAAAGCCGCAGUACGCGGAAGUGAACAUCUCCACCAGCCUCACAGCACCAGCUCCUGUCACUGACAUCCGCACAGAUAAAAUUGAACAGAAGAGCGUUUCCUUGUCAUGGCAGGAGCCGGGCUUCCCAAGUGCCAGUAACACGGAGUACGAAAUCAAGUACUAUGAAAAGGAUCAAAGAGAUCAAAGUUACUCGACCGUGAAAACCGCGUCGACGGCCGUGACAGUCAGUAACCUCAGGCCUGGCACACUCUACGUCUUCCAGGUCCGGACAGCGUCAGCCCAGGGUUAUGGAAACUACAGUCCUGGCAUCGAAGUGGAAACCUUGGGGGAACUGACUUUGGCUCCCAGCGAGCAGAACCCUAUCAUCAUCAUCGUGGUGGUUGCAAUCGCUGGGCUGAUCGUGCUGGUUUCCAUGGUGAUUGGUGUGAUGAUCUGGAGGAGACAGUGUGGGUACAGCAAAGCCAGCCAGGACGGAGACGAGGAGCUGUACUUCCAUUUUAAGAUACCAACCAGGAGGACGUACAUUGACCCUGACACCUGUGAAGACCCCACGCAGGCCGUGCACCUCUUUGCCAAAGAGCUCGACAACUCGAGUAUCAAAAUCGAGCGGAUCAUUGGAACAGGAGAGUUUGGAGAAGUCUGCCGGGGAUGCUUGAAACUUCCCAGCAAGAGAGAGCUCCCGGUUGCCAUCCAGACCCUUCGAGCUGGCUGCUCAGACAAGCAGAAGCGCACCUUCCUGGCAGAGGCUAGCACCAUGGGCCAGUUCGAUCACUCCAACAUCAUCCGCCUGGAGGGCGUCAUCACCAGAGGAAAUACCAUGAUGACUGUGAUGGAAUACAUGGGGAACGGAGUGCUGGAUUCGUUUCUCAGGAAACACGAGGGCCAGUUCACAGCCGCCCAGCUGACUGGUAUGUUACAUGGGAUUGCUUCCGGCAUGAAGUACCUGACCGAGAUGGGUUACGUACAUAAAAGCCUUGCUGCUCACAAAGUCCUUGUGAAUAGCAACCUGGUUUGCAAAAUAUCAGGCUUCAGACAGUCCCAGGAAGAUAAAAUGGAGACCAUCUUCACCACCAUGAGUGGGAAGAGCCUGGUGCUGUGGUCAGCCCCCGAAGCCAUCCAGUACCGUCGCUUCAGUUCUGCCAGUGAUGUGUGGAGCUUUGGCAUCGUGAUGUGGGAGGUGAUGUCUUACGGGGAGAGACCCUACUGGGACAUGUCCAACCAGGACGUGAUAAAGGCCAUCGAGGAUGGGUUCCGGCUGCCUCCCCCGAUGAAUUGCCAGCCCCCGCUUCACCAGCUCAUGCUGGAUUGUUGGCAGAAGGAGCGAAACGAGAGGCCCAAGUUCUUACACAUCCACAAUAUCCUAAGCAAGAUGCUUCAAAACCCAGAGCCACUGAAAUGUACCACCUCCACUUGCACCAGGCCUCACAGUCCAUCCAUCCCCCUGGCCGAACGCACUUUCUCAGCCUUCCCGUCUUUCAGCUCCGUGGGUGAGUGGCUGGAAGCCAUAGAGAUGGGCAGAUACAAAGAUAACUUCACCGCUGCGGGGUACUGCUACCUGGAAUCUGUGGCAAGGAUGAUGGUCCAAGAUGUCCUGAGUCUGGGAAUCACCUCAGUGGAACAUCAGAAAACCAUCCUGAGUGGGAUCCAGACCCUGCGAGCCCAGGUGAUACAGAUGCAUGGUCGAGGCGUGCAGGUGUGA